CAAAGCGGCCGGGCAAUGGCAGAACGAAAUCAUGAGUGUGAAACUGCCCCGUUCUUGAAGCAGAGUGAAUGUAGUGGUUCCAACUGCAAAGGACUUCUCACGAGUAAAUGGCACAGGAUAAAAUGCUUUCCGUUUCCAACCAGCCGUAGAAAAGGUCUAUGCUCUAAAUGGUGCAAUGAAGGAGGGACAUCGACUCAGCCUUGCUAUAAUGCAUUUCAUAAAUAUUCUUCAGAUCAAAUCUGUUUCAAAAACAGCGACGAAAAACUCAACUUUGAAGUAGUACACUGCAGAUCUUUCGAGUUUAACAUUAGGUUAGAAUCGAUGGUUUCAACUUUUACUACAGAAACAACUGGAGUAACAGACGUUACAAAUCAACCAACCAUCAUUUCAGCCAUCAAGGAUGCAAAACAGCGGUUUAGAUCUUCAAUCCAAAGCAUUCGGUUCGACGAUUUAAAAAGGAUUCCAAAGGAUCAAAAACUGGAGGAUACUGUCUUUGCUGCGUUCAUCUUUGAAGACUGUAUAUUAAGCACUGCCAGAAGGUGGCUGCACGCUACAAAUCCCGAAUUUAUUGAUGUCGAUAAAGAUCUGAACUUUCGAGUUAGACGUAAUGUCCUUCAGAGAGGAGAUGACUUUCUGUUUAAUGGGAGCAAUCGGGGGAACUUUAUUAAGAUUCCCUCCGCUAAUCUGGAUCAAGACUCCACAGUACUUGGGCUCGAAUACACCAACCUUUCUAAACUUUUAUCAAACCAUUCAGCUGACACUGAGAGAGACAACAAAACAAAGAUACUUGACAGUGUAAUUAUGGCCGCCGUUAUAGACCCUCCACCCAAGGUUCUACCGGAAAACGUCACACUGGUUUUUAAGAACAUGCAGGUGAAUCGUAAAAAAAGAGCAUGUGUAUUUUGGAGCUUCUCUGAAGAAAACUUUGGGAGUUGGUCAAGUGAAGGAUGUCAAACGGAGAUGAUCUCUGAUCACCAUACGGAAUGUGUUUGCAAUCAUCUAACCCACUUCGCUGUGUUCAUGGAAUUUACCGACAAUGCUGACGACGGGAAGGAUAAAACUCGUUCGUCAGGUGAGCAUGACAAAAUACUGACACUCCUCACUCGAGUAGGGAUGGCUUUAUCUCUCACUGGAGUCAUACUCACGAUUAUCAGCUAUCUUCAGCUCACAGACAGAAAUUCACCUUUGUGUCACAUACGGGUUAGUCUGACUUCCUGCAUUGGAGCAGGACAUAUCAUCUUUUUCGCUGGAAUAAACUCCACUGGAAACCAGGUGACUCUUUGAACUCCUACUUUCGUGUUGCUCAUUUAAUAUUGCUGUUCUUGUGAUUGUUUGUUUUUUAACUUGGUCCAGCUU